AUGGAGAAGGCAAAAGAGGACGAGCUACGGGAACUUACGCAGCGCGUGUGCGAGAGCGUCACAGCGUAUGUUGGUGCACAGCUCGAUGGCUCACUGGAGUCAAUGCAGUUGAUGGAGACCGUCGUAAACAAUAUCAAUGCCAAGUAUAUAGGGAUGAAGCGAGAGGCCACGAGCAUUGGCAAACUGUCAAAAGUACUGGAGACACGAGCAUUUGCAAUGAAGGAAAAGAUGAAUAUCAUUGAUGAUAUCGAUGAGGAGCUGGCGGAGCUUGAGGACAUGGUGGACCAGCUCGAGCAGUACACGGGGUCUCUGGAAAACAAGUUCAAUGAAGUGCACUAG